AUGAGCGGGGACCAUCUCCACAACGACUCCCAGAUCGAGGUGGAUUUCCGAUUGAACGAUUCUCACAAACACAAAGAUAAACAUCAAGACCGAGAACACCGGCACAGAGAACACAAGGAGGACAAGGAGAAAGACCGAGAGAAGUCCAAGCACAGCAACAGUGAACAUAAAGAUUCUGAAAAGAAACACAAAGAUAAGGAGAAAACCAAACACAAGGAUGGAAGCUCAGAAAGGCACAAAGACAAACAUAAAGACAAGGAAAAACGAAAGGAGGAAAAGAUUAAAGCUUCUGGGGAUGCAAAAAUAAAGAAGGAGAAGGAAAAUGGGUUCUCCAGUCCACCACGAAUUAAAGAUGAGCCUGACGAUGAUGGGUUUUUUGCGCCUCCUAAAGAAGAUAUAAAGCCAUUGAAGAGACCUCGAGAGGAGGACGAUGCUGAGUAUAAACCUAAGAAAAUUAAAACAGAAGAUAACAAGAAGGAGAAGAAACAAAAGCUAGAGGAAGAAGAGGAUGGUAAAUUGAAAAAACCCAAGGAUAAAGAUAAAGUUCCGGAAUCAGAUAAGAAAGGGGAAUCAGAUAAGAAAGGGAAGCCGAAGAAAGAAGAGGAGCAAAAGUGGAAAUGGUGGGAAGAAGAGCGCUAUCCUGAAGGCAUUAAGUGGAAAUUCCUGGAACAUAAAGGUCCCGUAUUUGCUCCACCAUAUGAGCCUCUUCCAGAAAAUGUCAAAUUUUACUAUGAUGGUAAAGUUGUGAAGCUGAGCCCCAAAGCAGAAGAAGUAGCAACAUUCUUUGCAAAAAUGCUAGACCAUGAAUAUACAACUAAGGAAGUAUUUAGGAAAAACUUCUUUAAAGACUGGAGAAAGGAAAUGACCAAUGAAGAAAAGAAUACUAUCACCAACCUAAGCAAAUGUGAUUUCACUCAGAUGAGCCAGUAUUUCAAAGCCCAGUCAGAAGCAAGAAAACAGAUGAGCAAAGAAGAGAAAUUGAAAAUCAAAGAAGAGAAUGAAAAAUUACUGAAAGAAUAUGGCUUCUGUAUUAUGGAUAAUCAUAAAGAGAGAAUUGCCAACUUCAAAAUAGAGCCGCCUGGGCUUUUCCGUGGCCGUGGCAAUCACCCCAAGAUGGGCAUGCUGAAGAGACGGAUCAUGCCUGAGGACAUAAUCAUCAACUGUAGCAAAGAUGCCAAGGUUCCUUCUCCUCCUCCAGGACAUAAAUGGAAAGAAGUCCGACACGACAACAAGGUUACUUGGCUUGUCUCAUGGACAGAGAACAUUCAAGGUUCCAUUAAAUACAUCAUGCUGAACCCCAGUUCACGAAUCAAAGGUGAAAAAGACUGGCAGAAAUACGAAACUGCUCGGCGGCUGAAGAAGUGUGUAGAUAAGAUCCGGAACCAGUAUCGAGAAGACUGGAAGUCCAAAGAGAUGAAAGUGCGACAGAGAGCUGUAGCUCUUUACUUCAUUGACAAGCUUGCUCUGAGAGCAGGAAACGAGAAGGAGGAAGGAGAGACGGCAGACACUGUAGGCUGCUGCUCGCUUCGCGUGGAGCACAUCAACCUGCAUCCAGAACUGGACGGCCAAGAGUAUGUGGUAGAGUUUGACUUCCUUGGGAAGGACUCAAUCAGAUAUUAUAACAAGGUCCCUGUGGAAAAGCGAGUUUUUAAGAACCUACAGUUAUUUAUGGAGAACAAGCAGCCUGAGGAUGAUCUUUUUGAUAGACUCAAUACUGGUAUUCUAAAUAAGCAUCUUCAGGAUCUUAUGGAGGGCUUGACAGCGAAGGUGUUCCGAACAUACAAUGCCUCCAUCACGCUACAGCAGCAGUUAAAAGAACUCACGGCCCCGGAUGAGAACAUCCCCGCAAAGAUCCUUUCUUACAACCGUGCCAAUCGAGCUGUUGCUGUCCUUUGUAACCAUCAGCGGGCACCACCAAAAACAUUUGAGAAGUCUAUGAUGAAUUUGCAGUCUAAGAUUGAUGCCAAGAACGAUCAGCUAGCAGAUGCCCGGAGAGAUCUGAAGAGUGCCAAGGCUGAUGCCAAGGUCAUGAAGGAUGCAAAGACCAAGAAGGUGGUAGAGUCAAAGAAAAAGGCUGUGCAGAGACUAGAGGAACAGUUGAUGAAGUUAGAAGUUCAGGCUACAGACCGAGAGGAGAAUAAACAAAUUGCCUUGGGAACCUCUAAACUCAAUUAUCUGGACCCACGGAUCUCAGUGGCUUGGUGCAAGAAGUGGGGAGUCCCGAUUGAGAAAAUUUACAACAAAACUCAGCGGGAGAAGUUUGCCUGGGCCAUCGACAUGGCUGAUGAGAACUACGAGUUUUAG